GUUUCAAUGGUCUUCUUCCUCCAGGAAUCUCCUGCCCCCAAAUUUUCUUUUCUUCAUUUUUCCCGUUAUCCAAAAUACUCAAUCCUUUCUUCGCUACAGAAAUGGCUGCUCAAUCAUGUUGCAAAUUUACUAUGGCGAAUCCAAUGAUACUACAAAUCGAUUCCUUCUCUAAACAGAAACUAUCUUCUCCAUUAUACUUCUUCCCUACGAGAAACCCUGUAAAAUCCUUGAAUCUGACGAGUCCAUGGCUGGGCGUUGAUUCCCCUCUCUCUCACGAUUCUUCCGCCUCCGUUCUACGAACGAAUUCAAUCACGCGACGACGGAUCCCAAUCGCCGUCGUUUCCAGCUUACCCACCGCGAAUCCGGAAUCUGUGGUUGCUGAUGCGAAAAAACCCAAAUGGUCAUGGAGAGGAAUCAAAUCAUUUGCCAUGGGAGAGCUCGAAGCUAGGAAGCUCAAGUAUCCAAAUACUGGAACUGAAGCACUUCUCAUGGGUAUUUUGAUUGAAGGAACUAGUUUUACUUCGAAGUUCUUGCGGGCUAAUGGGAUCAUGCUUUACAAAGUUCGUGAAGAGACAAUCAAGUUACUAGGAAAGGCAGACUUGUAUUUCUUUAGCCCGGAACAUCCUCCUCUAACUGAAGAUGCUCAAAGAGCACUUGACUUUGCUGUGAAUCAGAAUCUAAAAGCAGGAGGUAUCGGGGAGAUUAUGCCAGCGCAUAUACUGCUAGGGAUUUGGUCUGAAGUUGAGUCUCCAGGUCACAAGAUACUGGCAACUCUUGGUUUCACCGAUGAAAAAGCUAAAGAGUUAGAGUCCUUUGCCUCUGAAUCUGGAUUCUUAGAUGAGUAGUAUGAUUACAUGUAUCAUCCCUCCAUUAAUGUCAACUUAAUUUUUCGUAUCUAAAUCUCCAAAUUCAUAGUUGCAGUUUGCAGUAAUGUUCUUUAUGUGUUUCUCUACUGAUUCUUAUUUUCAGUUCUUUGCUUUU